GUGCGCCGAGCUUCCUCACUGCCAGGCGCCACCCAGCCAAGCAAGGUAGAUAGCGGCUAGCUUUGGACGGUACCCUCCCUAGCUGGUGGUGGCAGUUAGCGAUCGAUGGCCGUCGCCGGCGCCCUCCUCGUCGUCCUCAGCAUCCUCGCCCGGGAGGCCGCGGCCGGCGGCUACGGCGGGUGGCAGAGCGCGCACGCCACGUUCUACGGCGGCGGCGACGCGUCCGGCACAAUGGGCGGCGCGUGCGGGUACGGCAACCUGUACAGCAGCGGGUAUGGCACGAACACGGCGGCGCUGAGCACGGCGCUGUUCAACGACGGCGCGGCGUGCGGGUCGUGCUACGAGCUGCGGUGCCAGAACGCGGGCGGGUCGUGCCUGCCGGGCUCCAUCACCGUGACGGCCACCAACUUUUGCCCGCCCAACUACGGCCUCCCCAGCGACGACGGCGGCUGGUGCAACCCGCCGCGCCCGCACUUCGACAUGGCCGAGCCGGCCUUCCUCCACAUCGCGCAGUACCGCGCCGGCAUCGUGCCCGUCGCCUUCAGGAGGGUGUCGUGCGUGAAGAAGGGCGGGAUCCGGUUCACCAUCAACGGCCACUCCUACUUCAACCUGGUGCUGGUGACCAACGUGGCGGGCGCCGGCGACGUGCGGUCCGUCUCCAUCCGGGGCACCCGCACGGGGUGGCAGCCCAUGUCCCGGAACUGGGGCCAGAACUGGCAGAGCAACGCCUUCCUCGACGGCCAGGCGCUCUCCUUCCAGGUCACCGCCAGCGACGGCCGCGCCGUCACCAGCAACAACGCCGCGCCGCGCGGCUGGCAGUUCGGCCAGACCUUCGAGGGCGCCCAGUUCUGAUGCCCUUCCGUCUUCUCCCCUCCGACUCGAUCCAUCGUCUCCACAGAAAGCAAGCACCGGGGGCGACGACGGGGAGGGGUUAUAUUAAUUAAUCAAGCUGUUAUUGAUCAUUGGGUGAUCCUCGAUUUGUUUGGGGUUUUCUUUUUUUGCCGUUUCGCACGUGAUGAUGGGAUGGGGAAGACGAGGCCCUCUUCGACUAUAUUGAACAAGAGAAGAGGGCCUCGCGCUAUGCUGAGGCUGCUAAUCUAGCACCCGCCUAGACGACGUUUCCUUCUCUGGACUUCUGCUGGAUCGGAGUGAAUGAAUGAAUGAGACAUUACUCUCCCUAGUACUGAUGGUACUUUUGGAAUGAAUAAUUGUAAUUUAGUUUGGAAC